AUGCUGCGACCUGGCCCUCGUUCGCUGUGGACGAUCGGGUUCGGCAACUGGUCGCCGUCACACCUGCAAGCCGGAUGUCCGGGGUUCCCCACUUUGACCGCUUUCCGCUUCGCAUCCAGCCUCGGCUCGUCCACCACACAAACGAGGACCUACCAUCCUUCGAUAACAAUAUACAGACGAAAGUGGACUCGCCCACUGCCUUUGCCGCUGCUUCCAUCCGGUCUAGCCCAGCGCAUACACUCAGCUCGCCCCCCUGUCUCGGCGUUGCGGACAACCCAGCAACUCAGGGGUUUCCAUACGACUCGACCGCACCGUGACGUACUCUUUGUCUCAGUUCCUGCUUUCAAAUCGUCAGCCCUUACUACUCGUGUUCUCCUCGUUUCGGAGAGUUCGGCUGACCCAAAGAAUCUGCGCUCUGCCUGCCUCCACUACCCCACAGUGCCCUGUUGACGGUCGUGCGAGUGUCGCUCAUCUUUCUCCCCGUGGCGUGGCGCUGGGGGAUGUUUAAGCGAUUCCCCAAAGGAGCAUGGCGGUUAGGCGGGGUCAGUUCCCUAUGAAAUUGAUGCAGUCGCGGAGUCAGCAGUCCCCGAGGUAGUACGGCCCCCCUGAUUUCACACACGCGCGCUCGGCACCAUUCGUCCCCCCCGCUACAGAUCCCGUUGGUUGCAACAUGUCUCGUACUCGCGCUGGGGUUGAACCAUAGCGACAAAACGGCGAGGUGGCGAUUGCUCUUGAUGAGCGAAAGAGAAGAAUUGGCCUGGUCCAACACUCGGUGCGUGAAGAUCUUGCCCUCGGCAACCUCGACCUCCUUCGAAGAAGCGGUGCUAAGCUGUGUUCUUCACUUACCAGCUUUGAGGAAACGAUCUCCAACGACCAAUGCGUGCUCAUGCCACCCGAAGACCCGCGUGUCGAGCCUGUGCGGAGAGUGAUCGAGCGCCUCGUCCAAACCCUUAACGACGACGCCCCUUUGUCGUUUGCGCAAUACCUUCAAGAGGAGAUGGGGUCCAAGGUCGGCAGCCAGGAGUCAAAGAGGUCCAAGAUCGUACCCAGUGCGAGGAUAGAAGUCGCCAACAUGCCUUGGAUUCCCGAGGUACUCGCGUAGUCUCGGAGCGGGUCUUUCAAUCGCAGCCCGCUAAACCCGCUUGCCAAUUCUUCCAGACGUCGAAUCCGGAGAAGAAGAUGAAGAAGGGGACGUGGGAUUUAUAUUGCAGUGAGUUAUCUGGUUUCCGAUGGCACGGUAACGGGUAUUGAUGACAUACUGUUCUGCCCUACAGUUGAUUUGCCCAAAAUCAACGCCUUUGUCUUGUCGUCCAAAGAUUUCUUCGUAUACAGCGGGCUGCUGUCGCUCGUUGAGGACGAUGAGAAUUUGCUCGCGGCGGUACGUACCACGAUCUUAAAUGGCGUACAUGCUGGGAAGGACCAUUGAUGGGUUGGCGGUUGUACAGGUACUUGCCCACGAGUGUGUCCAUUUGACCGAGCGGCAUUCGGUCGAAGAACUUGGCUUUCUCGCCCUCUCGUGAGUGGGCCGGCAGCAUUGACCUACCGCGAGGCGCGGCAUGGAGCUGAUUCUCAAGUCCACGGGAACGUAGCGGGGUCGUGUUUGACGUCUUGCGCGGCACGGCCUGGGCCUUGACACUCUCCUUCCCCAUGGUCGGCGACGCCCUCUCGGCAUUCUUCACUUUCGUUGAUCGCAAGGUCGGCCAACGGGCGUACUCGCGCAAGCUCGAAACCGAAGCCGACGAGCUCGGGUUGGAACUGAUGGCCCGAGCAGGCUUUGAUCCUCGCGCUUCGAUCACACUGUGGGAGAUCUUGAACGAGGUCGAACAAGACGUCCAGGAACGUGGCGAACACGGCAAGAUCGUCGAUCAUAUCGCGCUGCUGCGCACGCACCCUAGUAGCGAACAGCGGCUCGACAACUUGAAGAAGCACCUGCCGGCCGCGAUCCAGUUGUACGAGCAUACGUUGCGGGAGAAGGAAGGGCAACUCGCGGCGGAGCAUAGGAUAAGGGAGCAAGAGGCGGAGCACCAUCGGAUCCAGCAAGAGGAAGACGAGCAAAGACGAGCCGCAGCCGCCGCGGCCCGAAAAGCGACGGGUCAAGCUCGGGAGGGGCAGCAGCAGCAGAAGCAGCAGGCGUAG